AUGGAAAUCGACCAAAAUGUCGAAGAGUUGUUGAUUUUGGGAGACUCAGAUCUGAUUAUCCGGCAAGCCCAAGGAGAAUGGGAAACCCGAGAUGUUAAGCUUAUCCUUUACAAAAAGCAUGUGGAAGACCUCAGCAAGCGAUUCAAGUCAAUAGAGUUCAGGUACAUUCCUCCUUAUCACAACGAAUUAGCCGACACACUUGCUACUUUGGCCUCAAUGCUGCCAUAUCCCGGCAAUGCUCACAUAGAUCCCUUGGAAAUUCAAAUCCGGGAAAGGCAUGGUUAUUGUAAUACAAUUGAAGCAACACCAAAUACCCAACCAUGGUGUAAUCCAAAGCAACAGUGCAAGAAGCAGAUGCAACCAAAAUGGAAAAGAAAUGUGCAAGCGUUAGGAAUAGUUUAG